AUGAAGUUCCAAUCCCUCAUCGUCUCAGCUCUCGCCGCUGUCGCAGUUGCAGCCCCCUACCCUGCUGCCAAUGAAGCAAUCGACGCAGAGGCCCUCCCAGCGAUCAUGGCCCGCCAGUCGGCCACCUCUGAUGAGCUCAAGAACGGAGCCUGUAAGGAUGUGACCUUCAUCUUCGCACGCGGCUCUACCGAGUCCGGUAACAUGGGCUCUAUCGUCGGCCCCCAGGUCUGCACUGCCCUCAAGACCCUUCUCGGCUCCGCCAAGGUGGCUUGCCAGGGCGUCGGCUCCCCAUACGACGCCACCCUCGCCGACAACUUCCUUCCCAAGAACACGUCGCCCACCGCCAUCGGCGCCGCCAACACCCUCUUUAACCUCGCCCAUACCAAGUGCCCAAACACCAAGGUUGUUGCUGGAGGCUACAGCCAGGGAACCGCUGUGAUCGAUAACUCUAUCCAGGCUCUGAGCGCCGCAGUGGUGGCGCAGAUUAAGGGCGUUGUCCUUUUCGGCUUCACCCGCAAUCUGCAGGAUCGUGGACAAAUCCCCGGCUACCCCACUUCUCAGACUAAGGUCAUCUGCGCUGUUGGCGAUCUCGUGUGCGAUGGCACUCUUAUCAUCACUGCCGCACAUUUGACAUACGGCAUUAACGCUUCCUCUGCCGCGGCAUUCCUGGCCAGCAAAGUCUGAGGGAUGAG